AUGGCUGGUUUCGCAAACGUUAUCUACUCGACCUUCAUUCGCAAGAACACUGUUCUGCUGACCACUGCUUUUGCCGGUGCCUUCGCUUUUGAGCUUACCUUCGACAUCGCCUCCAACAAAGUCUGGGACACCUGGAACCACGGCCGCCAAUGGAAGGACAUCAAGCACCGUUAUAUGGUUAAGGAGGAGGAAGAUGACGAGUAA